AUGUCUUAUAGAUUCAUAAGAACUUCAAAAUAUAGACAUGUCUUUGGUACUGAAUUUAAAAAUGACCAACAAUAUAAUGGAACUAAAAUGACUAAUUCUGCUUGGGACUCUAAUAUAAUAGUUUGUGGAUAUAAACAUUUCUCAAUGAUUUGGGAUGUAGCUGGAGGAGGAGCUUUUGCUGUUAUUCCUUACACUAGAGUUGGAAAACAAUGUGGUAUUUGCCUUGUUAGUGGACAUAAAGGAACAGUUCUUAAUCUUGAUUAUAACCCUUUUAAUGAUGAUUUAAUAGCUUCAGUAUCUGAAGAUAGUAUUAUACGUAUUUGGGGAAUACCACAAGAAUGUCCAGCAGAAAAUAUUCGUGAACCUCUUCAAAUUCUUCAAGGACAUAAGAGAAAAGUAGGAACAUGUAAUUUUAAUCCAUGUGCAUCUAAUGUUUUAGCCACUUCAUCUGCUGAUACUACUAUUAAAAUUUGGGAUAUUGAACAAGGUGAAGAAAUGUUUUCUAUUGGAGGAUUUACUGAUAUUGUUAAUUCAGUUUCAUGGAAUAGAAUUGGAAGUGAAUUUGUUUCAACAUGUAAAGAUAAAAAAAUAAGAAUUAUUGAUCCAAGACAACAAAAUAUUGUUAACAGUGUUAUUGCUCAUCAAGGAUCUAAAGGGAUGAGAUGUUUAUGGAUGCAAAAUAAUGAUAUGAUCGUUACAACUGGAUUUUCAAGAAGUGCUGAAAGAGAAAUAGCAUUAUGGGAUCCAAGAAGUCUUGAAUCCCCAUUAUGUAGACAUACAGUUGAUAAUCAGUCUGGUGUUCUUAUGCCAUUUUAUGACCCAGACUUAUCUCUUCUUUAUCUUGGAGGUAAAGGUGAUUCUACAAUUUCUUAUUUUGAAAUUGUUCAUAAAAAGCCAUAUUUUUAUUCUCUUAAUACAUUCAGAGGAGAAAAACCACAAUCUGGACUUGGAGUUAUUCCAAAGAGAUUAUGUAAUACUACAAUAUGUGAAAUUACUAAAUUUAUGAAAAUUGUUCCAGAUGGAGUGGUUCCAAUUUCUUUUUGUGUUCCAAGAAAAUCAGAAUUCUUCCAAGAUGAUAUUUUUCCUAAUACAUAUGCUGGUAUUCAAACUGAAACUGCUAAUGAAUGGAAACAAGGAAUUACUAAUGAACCAAACUUAUCAUUUAAUUUUGGUUUACAAUAUAUUCCACCAGAAAAAAUUAUUAAUUCAUCAAAUCAAUGUAUUACAUUACCUAAAGUAUCAAUAAGUAAUAAAGAAAUUAAAGAAGAAUGUGAACAACUUAAAAGAAGAAUUAAUUACUUAGAAACAGAAUUAUCAAAAAAGGAUAUAAUAAUUAAUGUACUUCAAUCUAAACUUUAUAAACUAGAGGAUUAAUAAAAAAAAAACCAAAGAAAUAGAAAAGAAAUAUCUAAUUACAUAUUGUUUUUAUACUAUUAUUAAC